GUUCGAAGCAACCAGAUGUUCUGCUGCUCGAAGAUAUUCCCCCGACGCUUCUUCUACACCGGCGUCGCCGCCUCCGCCCAGUCAUUUCCCUCAGACCCCACCAGUCGUCCCAGCGCCAGCUUUCUCAAGAAUGCAGCUUCUCCGGCGUCCGAUGCCGACGUCGUGCGAUGGAACAAAACCAUCACCGCCCACAUGCGCCACGGCCGCGUCGCCGCCGCCGCCGCCCUCUUCCACCGCAUGCGCCGCCGAACCAUCGUCUCCUGGAACGUCAUGCUCUCCGGCUACCUCUCCAACGGGUGCUUCCCCCUAGCAGUCCGCCUCUUCGAGUCCAUGCCCCGCCACGAUAUCGUCUCCUUCAACAUGAUGAUCCACGGCCACGUCCUCAACCAGGACCUCGCCUCCGCCCGGCGCCUCUUUGAUCGGAUGCCUCUCAAGGACACCGUAACCUGGAACACCAUGAUCUCCGCCUACGCCUGGAACGGCCUCGUCGAGGAGGCCCGCGACAUCUUCGAGCGGACUCCGGACAAGAAUUCCAUCACCUGGAAUGGCGUCCUCGCCGCCUACGUGCAGAACGGCCUCUUGGAGGCAGCGCAGCGGCUCUUCGAUUCCAAUUCCAACUGGGAUACGAUCUCCUGGAACGCCAUGAUCGCUUGUUAUGUACGCAGAAGACGACUUCCCGAAGCGCAGCAGCUCUUCGAUCGGAUGCCGAAGAGAGACAUCGUCUCCUGGAACACCUUGAUCUCCGGCUACGCCCAGAACGGGGACAUGGCCGUUGCAAGGAGCCUCUUUGACGAGUCCCCUUCUCUCGAUGUCUUCAGUUGGACCGCCAUGGUUUCCGGGUACGCACAGAACGGGAUGCUGGAGGAGGCGAGGAAGGUGUUCGACGAAAUGCCUUACAGAAACACUGUAUCAUGGAACGCCAUGAUUGCAGGAUACGUGCAGAGACAGAAGAUGGACGAUGCAACGGAACUGUUUGAACAAAUGCCGUGUAAGAAUGUGAACACCUGGAACACCAUGAUCACAGGACACGCUCAAUGUGGAAUGAUCGACCAGGCACGACGGAUGUUCGACGAAAUGCCACAUAGGGAUGCAGUCUCAUGGUCUGCCAUGAUUGCUGCUUACUCUCACGGUGGGUUCAGUGAGGAGGCUUUGCAGAUGUUCGUCAGGAUGGGAAGGCACCGCAAUAGGAUCAAUCGAUCCUCGUUUACUUGUAUCUUGAGCACAAUUGCCGAUAUCGCAAUGUUGGAGUGCGGGAAGCAGGUGCAUGGGAGGCUUAUCAAGGCUGGAUAUGUAAUGGGCUGCUUUGUAGGGAAUGCCCUCCUUGCUAUGUAUAGCAAAUGUGGUAGAGUAGACCAGGCACAUAAGGCAUUCGAGGAAAUGACGGAGAAGGAUGUGGUCUCCUGGAACACCAUGAUUUCUGGUUAUGCUCGCCACGGCUAUGGAAACGAUGCACUGAAAGUCUUCGACGCAAUGAGAAUGACAGAUACACAUCCAAAUGAUGUUACCAUGGUCGGGGUGUUGUCGGCUUGUAGUCACGCUGGGUUGGUCGAUAUCGGCAUCAACUAUUUUCAUACUAUGCAUAGGGUUUUUGGUGUGAUGGUAAAGGCUGCACACUAUACCUGCAUGAUAGAUCUUCUCGGUAGAGCGGGAAGGCUUGAUGAUGCUCAAGAUCUUAUGCGAGACAUGCCGUUUGAACCGGAUGCGACUAUGUGGGGUGCCUUAUUGGGUGCAAGCAGGAUCCAUCGGAACACUGAAUUGGCAGAGAAGGCAGCAAAAAGGAUAUUCGAGUUGGAACCCGAAAAUUCAGGAAUGUAUGUGCUCCUUUCGAAUUUGUACGCGACAUCUGGUAAAUGGAAUGAUGUCGAUAAGAUGAGAGUGAUGAUGCGGGAUAGGGGCGUCACGAAGGUUCCUGGGUUUAGUUGGAUCGAGGCAAACAACAAAAUCCAUACGUUUUCUGUGGGGGACAUGAUACAUCCUGAAAAGGAAAAGAUCUAUGCUUUUCUUGAAGAAUUGGACAUGAAGAUGAAAAAACAGGGCCAUGUAUCUGCUACUGAAAUGGUAUUGCUUGAUGUGGAAGAGGAAGAGAAAGAGCACAUGCUUAAGUAUCACAGUGAGAAGCUUGCGGUUGCUUUUGGAAUCCUAAGUAUACCACCCGGAAGGCCGAUUCAAGUAAUCAAGAACCUAAGAGUAUGCCAAGAUUGUCAUAGUGCUAUUAAGUUUAUAUCUGCGAUCGAGAACAGGUUGGUGAUUUUGCGAGACUCCAACCGAUUUCACCAUUUCAGUGGUGGCUCAUGUUCAUGUGGGGAUUACUGGUGAGAUCAAUCAGCAAAUGACUAGAUUAUCAAUGCAGUGGAUAACAAUGAUGAGGAGUAAUGUUGCUGUAGAAUGCAUUUUUUUCGUCAGCAGCAACCAAGUCAUUAGAAAACAUCUAGUUCAUCUUCAAUCAAGAUGGACAGCAAAUGACACUUCAAUGCUGUGGCACAGGAACACACUAUACAACAUUUGAAGGGGAUUUGUGUUUUCGAUAACUUAUGGGGCCAUGAUUUAUAGGAAUCAAGAAACACUUACUUUAAAGAGAUCAGGAUCAACCCACACUACCUUUACUGACGGCAGAUAGUAUGUAUGAGAAAAUAUCAUUGCAUCAAAAUAGCUCUUCAAUCUUGUAGAGGGCCACCGAACCCGACACUCAGAUAGAUUACAGGAGCUCAUGAACAGAAACAAAUCAAGUUAAUGUGCCACGACAAGUGAUUGCUAGUUCAGUUUAGUAGAAUUCAGAUCUUCAAAUCAAAUCUCGCUUUCCUUGUGGUAAUAGGGUUUGUCCUUCCUUUCUCUAGAAAAUAAUUAGUAUGUUACCUAUUUGUCAGCAGCACUAGAUUGAGUUUAUUUAUUUGAUUGUUACUUAAUAUACUUAU